UCUUUGCAAAACCCUCAAGAUGCGUAUCAAGUUCCUUGCAACCUGGGGCUUGCUCCUUAGCUCGGCUGUUGGCUCGCCGAUGCCUCGACCGGAGCCCAAGCCGGAGCCCAAGCCGGUACCAAUGCCGGUACCCGGUGGCGCAAUGUCAACCCAGGAUGACCCAUUGAACAACGCCCACAAGAUUGCCAUUGCUGCCCUUGUGGCCGGCACCUGUCUCACUGUAGUGACUACACUUUACAACGAAUAUUUGGCAAAAUAUGCAUCGCGGGCCCAGGUCAACGAAAAGGCCGUGCAGGCGCAGUUCACAGCAUUCAACAACUACAUGGGCGAGCUGGGCAAACUACACUACCGCGGCGCCAAUGCGCUGGCCACGGCGCUGCAGUCCAGGCUUUGGGACAUCCAAAACCGCUACGCGGGCCGGCUCAUGAACUCGGGGCGGACCGAGAUCGCCGGCGUCUAUGCGGCGCAGGGCCAGGAGCUCUACCACCUGAUCGAAGACGUCAAGGACACCCUGCGCCGGGCGCAAGAGAAGAAGGAGGAGGAAAAGGCAGCGGCGAGGAAGGGCAGCGGCUCCCGCGACGGCUACAGCUCCGGCAGCGACAGCAGCCGGGGGAGCAGCUCGAGGUACCACUCCUUCGUCAAGAGGGCGGUCCACGACGCCCCGCACAACGCCGUCACCUCGGGGUCGGACUACAAGAAGACGGACGCCGGCACCCGCAGCGGCAGCAUCCUCAGGUUGCGCAACCUUAUCCCCAGAGCCCAGCUGCCUUACUUCUUUGACAUUUGA